CCUAUUUUUCUCGAGACCAGAGGACCUAUCCAGAUAUUAUGCAGAAAGUCACAAAGAGGAAGCAGUGAAAUACGAAAUGAUUGCGGAAGCAACGGGCACAGCUGACUCUACCGUCAUCGAGGACCAUGUCGAGUGCAAAGAGAAAGGUAAAUGCGACGUGGUCGCCGCUGACGACGAGACAUGCAGCUUGACAGAAAAUCAUUUCUGCACGAUGGCAGUGACGGGUUCGAAUCCCACAUUCCAAGCUAUUUUUCUCUGUAACGAGUGCCUGGUGGGUCCCGACGGAAUUGCAGAUGCGACAGCACCUACCUCGGUCGAUGCGCAGCAGGAACAGCARCAGUCGCCUCUUUGCGUCUGCCAGGCAUGUGCCGAGUUUUGCCACGACGAUGGUUACCACGACGUCGAAUACGUUGGAAUGGGGCCGAGCUAUUGUGAUUGCUACCGCAUGGGGAAUUGUAAGCUGUAUAAAAAAUCAUUGGAGGAGGCCGACCGACUCGGGGUGAUUCCAAACGACGACACCYRUGGACGUUCURUUUCGUCGCCGUUGUUGCUGCCAUCCCCAGAACACUUGGUUCGAGAAGCGUUCGACAUUCCGAUCCUACAACAARAUGUGAACAAGAGUGGUAGCGCAACACUUGCAUUGUUGCUGGUGGAACAGGCAAGGGAGCUGAUUCGGCACACCAAAGAGACACUCUGGAUAGACGAGACUGUUGUUCGAAAGUAUACUCCAGAUACUCUUGACUCGGAUGAGAAUUSGAAACCGUCGAGCCAAAACCGCUUGUGCUUGCUUGAAAGCCUUGCUUGGAGCAUAUAUAGAUCGCACCGAGAGCGAUACAAGGACAUUCUGGACGUCAAUGUCGAUGGAGAUAACGCYGGAGAUGACCGAGGAGGUGCCGAGUGGUGGGUACAGGUCAAAUCCCUCUCCGGCACGAUCGAUGGCAGUAGCAGUGACGAUCCAGCWGGAGAGUUCGCUGAUGCAUCUCCACAGUUCUCCUCGUCUUCCAUCGACUUGCACUACGACAAGGACGAAGCCCUGGCGGAGUCCUUUGGCAUUGGUUCCUUCCCCGCUCUGUCCACAGUCACGUACCUGACUGCAUCCCCGGCGAAGGCUGCUCCGACGAUCGUCUUUGACCACACAUAYACCCAAGGCGAGGACGAGGUCAUGUCCAGCAUGUUUGUCAGUCGGCCACGAAUAGGCAAGCACAUUUGCUUCGAUGGAAGAUUGUUGCACGGGGCCCCCUACCACCCAUCUCUGCUAUCGAUUGCUCCGUCUUURUCUUGUGGCGACGAGCAAGAUGCAACUUUGGAAUGCGACGCCGUUCCACAAGAAGAAAAACCGACAACAAUGCCAUUAUUUCGCGUCACGUUUCUUGUUAACAUUUGGAACCACCGAAGGCCCGCCAGCGUGCACGUAUUGGACGACAAAAUUCGAAAAUCUAUCCUGCAAUUGCAACAAUCGAUGUCCGUCCCCGAGGAUAGCACGGGGGCCAUUCGGUUCGAAAACGACUCGAAACUCACCAUGGAUCCGCUAGAGAUCCCUACCGUGGCCUUCGAAGAGGAAGCGGAUCUACCAGAAGCCUCAAGGGAUCGCAUAGAAUUGCCCUUUGUGUCCAAUCUGAGCGAAGAGGAUGGGGAAGAAGACGGGGAAGGCAGCACGGUAGUGGUUACCUUUCCUCCCGGGCACACAGACGACUCUGUUCUGGUAACAUUCGGUCCCGGACUGCAAGCCUACCUGGACUACAACUACGGAUCUCAGGGCGGAGUGGACACCGAAUCUCAAGAUGGAACAGAUUUACCGCCUCCUGCACGACAAUCACACUACGUAUAAGCACUUGUGUAGAUUGAUUUCUAGUUCGACGCGAUCCAAAAAUGAAUCAGAGAAGAAAAAAUAAUGCGAAAAAAGCUAA